AUGGGCUCUCUGGCGGCCCUGUGGACCGUCCUGGUUCUGGGUCUGGUGACCGGACUAGUGGGAUGCGCCCCUGGCCUGAACCGGACAGCGGAACGCUGGGAGGCCCUUUACUCCCGAUCCCUGGCGCGGAUCCCGGGUGAGAAGCGGGAGGAGAUCGGCCGGGACAGUGACUAUCUCCUGGGCAUUAAAAGGUUGAGGCGCCUGUAUUGCAACGUUGGGAUCGGCUUUCAUCUUGAAGUGUUACCGGAUGGUGGAAUAACAGGAGUACACAACGAAAAUCGUUACAGUCUCCUCCAAAUCUCUCCAGUGGAGAGAGGGGUGGUGACUCUGCUGGGUGUUCACAGCGGACUCUUUGUGGCCAUGAACCGGCGAGGAAAGCUGUAUGGAUCUUUGCAUUAUAACAACGAGUGCAAGUUCAGAGAGAAGCUCCUCGCCAACAACUACAACGCCUACGAGUCAGUGGCCUACCCGACAAUGUUCAUCGGCCUGAGUGAAAAAAAAAAAAGAGAAAGCCGAGUGUCCCCCGCCAUGACAGUGACACAUUUCUUGCCAAGAAUCUAG